CCUGGGCGGCAGAUCGAAACGGGGGAUACCCCAGGAGAUGGGGGGGUCGAGGAAAGUCCCCAGGGAGGAGAGAGAGAGAGGGAGGCUCAGUCCCCCCAUCCCGGACCCGCCCCCCAAAAGGCAAGCCAUCAGGAGCCUGCACUGACGCCCUGGCUCUGAAGCUACUUGGCUUUGUUCUCUCAGACCCGUUAGUCACCUCCCUGGAUCACAGUAGAAAAAGAAGAAGAAGAAAACAUGUCAAGACACAAAUGCAGUUAUCCCUGGGACCUACAGGAUCGAUAUACUCAAGAUAAGUCAGUAGUAAAUAAGAUGCAGCAGAAGUAUUGGGAAACGAAGCAGGCCUUUAUUAAAGCCACAGGGAAGAAGGAAGAUGAGCAUGUCGUUGCCUCUGAUGCAGACCUGGAUGCCAAGCUGGAGCUGUUUCAUUCAAUUCAGAGAACCUGUUUGGACUUGUCUAAAGCAAUCGUACUCUAUCAAAAGAGAAUAUGUUUCUUGUCUCAAGAAGAAAACGAACUGGGAAAAUUUCUCCGAUCCCAAGGCUUCCAAGAUAAAACCAGAGCAGGAAAGAUGAUGCAAGCAACAGGAAAGGCUCUCUGCUUUUCUUCCCAGCAAAGGUUGGCCUUGAGAAAUCCUUUGUGUCGAUUUCACCAAGAAGUGGAGACUUUUCGGCACCGGGCCAUCUCAGACACUUGGCUGACGGUGAAUCGCAUGGAGCAGUGCCGGACUGAAUACAGAGGGGCAUUAUUAUGGAUGAAGGAUGUGUCACAGGAGCUUGAUCCAGACCUCUACAAGCAAAUGGAGAAGUUCAGGAAGGUACAAACACAAGUACGACUUGCCAAAAAAAGCUUUGACAAAUUGAAGAUGGAUGUGUGUCAGAAAGUGGAUCUUCUUGGAGCAAGCCGAUGCAAUCUGUUGUCUCAUAUGCUAGCAACGUACCAGACCACUCUGCUUCAUUUUUGGGAGAAAACUUCUCACACUAUGGCAGCCAUCCACGAGAGCUUCAAAGGUUAUCAGCCGUAUGAAUUCACUACAUUAAAGAGCUUACAAGACCCUAUGAAAAAACUGAUUGAGAAAGAAGAAAGGAAGAUCACCCAGCAGGAAAGUGCAGAGGACACCGUGGAAGAGCCAAGGCAGUUAAUUUCAUUAGAGGAUGAAAACCAGCACAAGGAGUCUUCUAGUUUUAAGACCGAAGAUGGAAAAAGCGUUUUAGCUGCCUUAGACAAAAGCUGUACACAUAAUGCAUGCUCAGAUGAACUAUUAGACAUGAAACCCGAGGAAGGUGCUUGCCUGGGCCCAAUGGCAGAGACCCCAGAACCUGAAGGUGCUGACAAAGAUGACCUGCUGCUGUUGAGUGAGAUCUUCAAUGCUUCCUCCUUGGACGAGGGGGAGUUCAGCAAGGAGUGGGCUGCUGUGUUUGGAGACGACCGGCUGAAAGAGCCAGUGCCCACUGUGGCCCCAGGAGAGCCAGACCCCAGGCCCCAGACAGGCUCAGGAUUCCUUCCUUCACAGCUUUUAGACCAAAACAUGAAAGACUUACAGGCCUCACUACAAGGCUGGUCAGAGAGCAAUGUCAGUCCUCCUCCUACUCCAUGGCCAGCACCACAGGCAAGCAGUCCAAAUGACAACAGCCCUGCAAUGAAAGUGCCAUUUUCAUGAAAAGACCAAAGGCCUGUUGAUGUGCGACAAUUCCGUCACCCUGGCAUAACCUCGGAGCAGCGUGCCCCACCAACACUCUCUGAGACUCUUUAAGCCAGCUGGCAAGCACAUUCCUAGCUGCUCCCAGCGAGGAGGAUAACCUGUCAGACAUUUUCUUCAUGCUUUUGAUACUCCCACCUGUUGGGGAAGGGAAAAAAGCCUGGGUCAUCCAAGCCAAUGAACUUCGAUCCUCAUGUGGAAUGAUUUAUAUAGAGAAGAGCCCCCAGCUUAUGUAGAAAUCACUUGCAUCAGGCACUCAUUGGAAAACAUUCUCAUCUGGAAAAGAAUUGGUUCUCUAAUUGUUGUCAUUCGGGAAGUUAGGGCAGGUGGUUCAGAGAAAGAGCAGCUGAAGGGGAGGCUCUA